GUUGAAGAGCGGAACACCGGGACGCCACUGCUGUUGGACGUGGCCGCCACUGACUCCUCCAAUGAGGCUCACGUGAUCACUGAUGGUCUGGCGGCCCCAGAGGCGCGUUUGAUGCCGCUGUUGGGCUUUUUGAUGAAGGCCUUGCGCGAAGCGACCUUUCCCACGUUGCUCGCGCAGAAGGGUCUCAGCGUCGACAUCUCAAAGGCUGAUGCCAGCAAAAAAGAGGACAAGAUCCGCAUCCUGAAUUGCAUCAGACUGCCGCAAGCAAGGACGAAGGCCAGGAACAAGGCCCUGGCAGCGCAUUUUGCCAUCGCUUCCUGGUUUGGUGCCGUUACGCAGGGGCACGACACCAGCAACCUCCGGAGAGCCCUAGCGGCCGACAGCUCACGGCAUAUGGUGGAGUUGUCCUUCACAGGCUGCCGUGGCUUUGGGGAUAACUCGCUGCAGCAGCUGCUGAAUCACUUGCCGAGGCUUUUCGGGUUGGGAUACCAAUGGAUGUACAGUAAUGGAAUGGUAAUGAGUGCAUUUCUCAUUCCGUCCAAUUUGCAGGAGAUGCCUCCACUGGAGCAGCUCAUCCUGCGCUUCACGGGCUCCAGGUUGGCAGAUGCGUCCGGCUUGGCACAGAUGCUCGACACAGAGCAGUGCCUCGCACGGUCGCUGAAAUCGUUGCAGCUGUGGUUUUCCAACCUUCCGUCCUUGGUGGAGCUGGGCUCAUGGGAGCCGCUCACAAAGCUACAGCUGGAAGAGUUGGUUUUACAGCUGAAGCGCUGUGGCCAAGUUCCUCCUGAAGCAAAGCAGUCGUUGUAUGAGUGUGUCAAACAACUGAAGAGAGCCAGGAGGGGACUGGAUCUUCGGUUGACGAUUGAGGCUGGGGAGCUCCUAAUGCUGAUUUGGUGUGAGUUAAUGCACGUGGAGCUGGCUGGUAGCAAGGCUGUGGACUACGUAGAUUUUGACGACGCCAUGGACGACUGUGGAGGGCGAGCUCCCUUUCCAUGCAGCCACAGCAGAUGCCAUGAAUUCCACGAAAACGUUCAUGGCUUUUGCCCUAAACAUCGGCUACUGCGACACUGGUGGAAACUGGCAUCCUGGUGGCGGACAGCUUGGCGAUGGGCCGAACUCAGCUUACUUUUUGCAAUGCAGGCUGCUGCUGAGAUUCAGCAGCGGACGACCCUUGCUGUGAUCCUGCUGUCGCUGUACCCCGUUGCCUGCUUGUCGCUGGAAGAGUCUUUGGGAGUUCCAUGGGCUGUGAUCUGCACUUUGCUCUCCGUGAUAGUGCUGAGUAGCAUCGUGACGACGAGCAUUCGCUUUGACACCGUGAGAAUGCAAAUUCUGCAGGAAGCGGUGGCAACAGAAGCGAGUUACUCCCAGGUGCUUCAGCUGCCAGAGACUCAGAGCGUCAUGCUCCGUGUUCCUACAAUGGGCUGCGGCUAUGCAGAUCCUCGAGAACUACGUCAACAAAGCGAAGAUUUGAGAGCCAUGAAUGUGGCGCUGCCGGAUGCUACAUUGAAGCUGAAACUGCUGACCAAUUUGAGUGACGAAGAGAAGCGAAGCCCGCAACAAGUUCUGGACGCGCUUCGAUUUGAAUUGAUGUGCGAAAACAUGCAAUCCGUUCAGGAAGCAUUCAAGGGCCUCAAGGACCGCCUUGCGAGCGAAGAAAUGGUCGCUUUGGGCGUGCGGAUCGCUGGUGUCCGGGACACCUUUGCCGAGAUGAGCGGGGCCAGCGGCCAAAAAUGCUGCCAGGUAGUUCUGCAGGUGGAAGAUUAUUAUUCCUCCGUCUUUCUCAUGGAUGUCACUCUGACCAGGCUCGAGAAUCAGCUGAGCGAUUUGACCAAGUUGGCGGACAAUUUUGGGCUGUUGGAUGACGUGAAAUCAAAAUGGGAGACUUCACUGAGGCUUUGCAAUGAUGCAUCCAGUGUCGGGCCUUUGACCAUGGCAGGGACUAUUUUCUUGCAGAUUGUGGCGUUGGUCGUGUCCUUCUUCAUGGCCGUCCAAUAUUUCCUCCGUUACGCUCCCAGGAGACUGUUCGGUCUUUUCCCACCCUGGUGCCUUGUGGCCAUGAAACUGGAUGAAAAUCGCCAUAAUGAAGAAGCCCGGAUGGAGGCCGCAUUUCUGGCCCUGCCCUACUUGGUCCUGGUCGUGGUGUUUCUGUUACAGCUGUUGUGCCGAAAGACGAGUCGGAAGAGGUCGCGACCCACGGAGGUGCUUUAUGAAAAGUAUUUUGGGUUGCGCGGAGCUUACUACCCCUUCAAGGUGGCGAUCUUCCAAUGCUUCACCGUUGCGGUGCAGGCCUUGGGAAAGAUCUCCUUGUUGGGUGGCCUCGUUACCUUCGCCCAAGAAGAGCAAGAUGCGAAUGCCAUUCUUUGGCUUAGUGUCGGCUUCUGGGCUUUCUUUGCCCUACUCUGUUGGAACAGUCUCUAUCCCGCCUUUCUUCUGAUGUUCCCUGACACUGCCUGGGCUCGAAUUGGAGCAGCAUUUAUGGAUGCUGCUUUGGACCUUGGCUACAUCUUGACCUACCUGGGUAUGGUUUUGGUGGCCAUGCUGCGAUUGCAGACAGCCUCCGAAGGCCGGGGAAAUUUUGGCGAGGACUUGACGUUGCAAUUCAGCAAUCGUAUUAGCCCCGUGUUCGCCUUUCCCACUGACUUUCUGGGCUAUGGCGCUGUGUAUUUUAACGUAGCGCACGCAUGCUGCAUUGCACACAUUUUGCAGCACACCAAUUGGAGCUUGCCAGUGCGACCCAGGGGCGAGCGCCAAAAACGGAGAUGCCUUCCAACACUAUUUGGGUGUUCCCUUUCCAUUGUGCUCCUUUCGAUGCUGGUGAUUCUCCUGGUGACGCAGGACGUUUUUCCAAUGAACCAUGGACAGGAUUUCACGUGUUUUCCGUGCCGUUGCUCUGACAAUGCUGACUCAGCUGGCCAACAGAUUGACAGCUGCACCCUUGCAGCCGUCCUCAGACAGAAGCAGGUGCACCUUGCUGCGAAGAACAUCACGGCCGUGGACCCAAAGGCUUUCAGCUCACUUGGACAUGUGCAGCGCCUGUCAUUGGCGAACAACAGCUUGAUCCAUCUGCCUCCGGGCCUCUUCGAAGGUCUAUCAUCUUUGGAGCAGUUGGACUUGACCCGAGUUGAGCUGGCAACACUUCACGAAGAUUCCUUUCGGGGCUUGGAGCAGCUGAAACUAUUGGCGAUGAGACACCUGUCAGCACCUGUCAGCGACAACCAGCUCACCGAGCUCUCGGCUGCGAUGCUGCAACAUUUGCCGCUGUUGGAGCAGCUUCUCUUGGGCGGCAAGCGGGACAGGCAAAACAGAGUUAUCGUGAAAGGCAAUCGCAUCGAGGAGCUCGGGGCCAUCUUCGGACACAACGAACAGCUGCAGGUGAUCGACUUCAGCGGCAACAAGCUCCAGAAGAUUGACCCAGCUACCUUUGCAGGACCAAAGAAGCUCCGAUGGCUGAGUUUGAAAUCAAACCAGUUGACGCGGGAGAUCUGGAGUCCUGGGGCCCUGGGGUGUGGGCAGGAUUGUGGCACUGUGGAGGUGGACAUGUGCGGUUCCUGCUUCAGUUCCAUCCUGAGUCGCUUAGGCAGCUGUGCAAAUCCAGCAGAUUCAUCCAGAUUCGUGUUCAGCUGCUUAGUUUUCCGAUUGCUCGAUUUCCUUGGAAUUUUUGCAAUGGCCACAGCUGCCGUAACCCUCCCCGGUGGCGCCGGCGCAUCGGGCGUGAUCCCAUGCCCACUGCCCGCGACGGUGGAAGAUGCCAUUUGCGCUGCGCAAAAGAUGCAGCCAGGUGGCUGGAAGAAUGCCGUGCUUUCCCAGGGUGUCCAACGUUUAAAACCAGGCACUGCCCUGGAAGCUGCUGCGUUGCUUGGUUUCGAAGACGUAUACUGCACUGCUGGACUGGUGACGUGUCGUGUCUUCGACAGCUACGCUACUCCUCCAGGCAGCCGUGCGAUCAACGUCCCACAAACGGAAUGCCGUGGUAUCAACUUGAAGCAGCUGUCGCAGCUGGUGGAUUUCAUCCGUGACCAUGCGCACCUCUGGGUGGAGACGUACUCUGGCAGCCCAAACUUUGAACAGCCGUUGGAGCUGCAGACCUUCAACCUCUACCACACAUCUCAUUGGGUCAUAAAGCCAGCCACCCUGCGGUACAGGUGCAGCUUCGUGGAGCUCGUUGCCAAAGACGCAGAAACGCAGUUCCCGUGUUGGUUUGUGAGCCAUGCGUGGCAAGAAGCCGUGUGUCGCUUUGUUGCUUGCCUGCGCCAGCACGCGGAACUGCGGAAUGCCGUGGGACUAGCAUACUGGGUCUGUGCGUACGCAAAUAAUCAACACAAGCUGCAGGUUGAAGAGCGGAACACCGGGACGCCACUGCUGCUGGAUGUGGCCGCCACUGACUCCUCCAAUGAGGCUCACGUGAUCACUGAUGGUCUGGCGGCCCCAGAGGCGCGUUUGAUGCCGCUGCUGGGCUUUUUGAUGAAGGCCUUGCGCGAAGCGAACUUUCCCACGUUGCUCGCGCAGAAGGGUCUCAGCGUCGACACAAGCAAGGACGAAGGCCAGGAUUUGACUGUCGUCGCGCCCCUUCAAGAUCCAAAUUAUUCAGCUGUGACGCUGGGCCUCGAUCAACGAGUGGCGAACAAGGCCCUGGCAGCGCAUUUUGCCAUCGCUUCCUGGUUUGGUGCCGUUACGCAGGGGCACGACACCAGCAACCUUCGGAGAGCCCUGGCGGCCGACAGCUCACGGCAUAUGGUGGAGUUGUCCUUCACAGGCUGCCGUGGCUUUGGGGAUAACUCGCUGCAGCAGCUGCUGAAUCACUUGCCGCAGCUGCGUCUGCUUCGCUUGGAUUUGGCCUUUAGCGGGGUCCAAUCAUGGAACGUCCAGGAGAUGCCUCCACUGGAGCAGCUCACCCUGCGCUUCACGGGCUCCAGGUUGGCAGAUGCGUCCGGCUUGGCACAGAUGCUCGACACAGAGCAGUGCCUCGCACGGUCCUUGGUGGAGCUGGGCUCAUGGGAGCCGCUCACAAAGCUACAGCUGGAAGAGUUGGUUUUACAGCUGAAGCGCUGUGGCCAAGUUCCUCCUGAAGCAAAGCAGUCGUUGAGGGGACUGGAUCUUCGGUUGACGAUUGAGGAGGUGGAGCUGGCUGGUAGCAAGGCCGUGGACUACGUAGAUUUUGACGACGCCAUUGACGACUGCGGAGGGCGAGUCUGGCGAUGGGCCGAACUCAGCUUACUUUUUACAUUGCAGGCUGCUGCUGAGAUUCAGCAGCGGACGACCCUUGCCGUGAUCCUGCUUUCGCUGUACCCCGUUGCCUGCUUGUCACUGGAAGAGUCUUUGGGAGUUCCAUGGGCUGCGGUCUGCACUUUGCUCUCCGUGAUAGUGCUGAGUAGCAUCGUGACUACGAGCAUUCGCUUUGACACCGUGAGAACGCAAAUUCUGCAGGAAGCGGUGGCAACAGAAGCAAGUUACUCCCAGGUGCUUCAGCUGCCAGAGGCUCAGAACGUCAUUGGGGUGCCUUGGCUGCCAAGCCAUGCGGGCAACAUGCUCCGGGUUCCCACAAUGGGUUGCGGCUAUGCAGAUCCUCGAGAACUACGUCAAAGUGAAGAUUUGAGAGCCAUGAAUGUGGCGCUGCCGGACGCUAGAUUGAAGCUGAAGUUGCUGACCAAUUUGAGCGACGAAGAGAAGCGAAGCCACUCGACCAUCUUAGCAGCUUCUCGUGCUGGUGCCAGCCCGCAAGAAGUUCUGGACGCGCUUCGAUUCGAAUUGAUGUGCGAAAACAUGCAAUCCGUUCAGGAAGCAUUCAAGGGCCUCAAGGACCGCCUGGCGAGCGAAGAAAUGGUCGCUUUGGGCGUGCGGAUCGCUGGUGUCCGGGACACCUUUGCCGAGAUGAGCGGGGCUGCCAGCGGCCAAAAGUGCUGUCAGGUAGUUCUGCAGGUGGAAGAUUACUAUUCCUCCGUGUUUCUCAUGGAUGUCACUCUGACCAGGCUCGAGAAUCAGCUGAGCGAUUUGACCAAGUUGGCGGACAAUUUUGGGCUGUUGGAUGACGUGAAAUCAAAAUGGGAAACUUCACUGAGGCUUUGCAACGAUGCAUCCAGUGUCGGGCCUUUGACCAUGGCAGGGACCAUUUUCUUGCAGAUUGUGGCGUUGGUCGUGUCCUUUUUCAUGGCCGUCCAAUAUUUCCUCCGUUACGCUCCCAGGAGACUGUUCGGUCUUUUCCCACCCUGGUGCCUUCUGGCCAUGAAACUGGAUGAAAAUCGUCAUGCCCAUGAGUCCAAUGAGACGUUCUUGGAGGCCGCAUUACUGGCCCUGCCUUACUUGGUCCUGGUUGUGGUGUUCCUGUUACAGCUGUUGUGCCGAAAGACGAGUCGGAAGAGGCCGCGACCCACGGAGGAAAAGUAUUUUGGGUUGCGCGGAGCUUACUACCCCUUCAAGGUGGCGAUCUUCCAAUGCUUCACCGUUGCGGUGCAGGCCUUGGGAAAGAUCUCCUUGUUGGGCGGCCUCGUUACCUUCGCCCAAGUACAACAAGAUGCGACUGCCAUUCUUUGGCUUGGUGUCGGCUUCUGGGCUUUCUUUGCCCUGCUGUGUUGGAACAGUCUCUAUCCCGCCUUUCUUCUGAUGUUCCCUGACACUGCCUGGGCUCGAAUUGGAGCAGCAUUUAUGGAUGCUGCUCUGGACCUUGGCUACAUCUUGACCUACCUGGGUAUGGUUUUGGUGGCCAUGCUGCGAUUGCAGACAGCCUCCGAAGGCUGGGGAAAUUUUGGCGAGGACUUGACGUUGCAAUUCAGCAAUCGUAUCAGCCCUGUGUUCGCCUUUCCCUCUGACUUUCUGGGCUAUGGCGCCGUUUAUUUUAACUUUGUGCACGCAUGCUGCAUUGCACACAUUUUGCAGCACACCAAUUGGAGCUUGCCAGUGCGACCCAGGUGUUUUCCGUGCCAUUGCUCUGACAAUGCUGACUCAGCUGGCCAACAGAUUGACAGCUGCACCAUUGCAGCCGUCCUCAGACAGAAGCAGGUGAACCUGGCUGCGAAGAACAUCACUGCCGUGGACCCAAAGGCUUUCAGCUCACUUGGACAUGUGCAGCGCCUGUCAUUGGCGAACAACACCUUGAUCCACCUGCCUCCGGGUCUCUUCGAAGGUCUAUCAUCUUUGGAGCAGUUGGACUUGACACGAGUUGAGCUGGCAACACUUCACGAAGAUUCCUUUCGGGGCUUGGAGCAGCUGAAACUAUUGGCGAUGAGCGACAACCAGCUCACCGAGCUCUCGGCUGCGAUGCUGCGACAUUUGCCGCUGUUGGAGCAGCUUCUCUUGGGCGGCAAACGCGACAAGCGAAAUCAUGUCAUCGUGAAAGGCAAUCGCAUCCAGGAGAUCGGAACCAUCUUCGCACGCAAC